UGCGGCUCGUCCUGCUGCGGCCCGCCCUGCUGCGGCCCGUCCUGCUGCGGCUCGUCCUGCUGCGGCCCGUCCUGCUGCGGCUCGUCCUACUGCGGCCCGCCCUGCUGCGGCUCGCCCUGCUGCGGCUCGUCCUGCUGCGGCCCGUCCUGCUGCGGCUCGUCCUACUGCGGCCCGCCCUGCUGCGGCUCGUCCUGCUGCGGCCCGUCCUGCUGCGGCUUGUCCUACUGCGGCCGCCCGUCCUGCUGCGGCUCGUCCUGCUGCGGCCCGUCCUGCUGCGGCUCGUCCUGCUGCCGCCCGUCCUGCUGCGGCUCGUCCUGCUGCGGCCCGUCCUGCUGCGGCUCGUCCUGCUGCGGCCCGUCCUGCUGCCGCCCGUCCUGCUGCGGCCCGUCCUGCUGCGGCUCGUCCUGCUGCGGCUCGUCCUGCUGCGUCUCGUCCUGCUGCGGCCUGACCUCUCCACAUUUACCAGGUCUCUGUGACAACAGUCACACAGCUGUCCAUCCGGCGAGAGAUAAUUCGGAGUCGCACCUCGUCGAUUUUGUUGACGAGGGACCUGGCGUUGGCGAGGAAGAGGCUGGGGAGGGCCAGUCUUGCGGCUCGUCCUGCUGCGGCACGCCCUGCUGCGGCCCCCCGUCCUGCUGCGGCUCGUCCUGCUGCGGCCCGUCCUGCUGCGGCUCGUCCUGCUGCGUUCCCGCCCUGCUGCGGCUCGCCCUGCUGCGGCUCGUCCUGCUGCGGCUCGUCCGGCUGCUUGUAGCCUUGCACGCACGCCGGCUCUCUUGCCCCUCUUUUGUUUGCGCUGCCUCCUCCGUCGCCUUCGCAGCAGGGGGGGAAUGA